CGGACUCCUUCCGCUGCUCCGCCAUCUUGAGAGACGCUGGUCUUCUAAGCAAGAAGUCCUGAUUAGGGCUGGGGCUGUGAAUUUCUCAAAAGGGUGAACUAUGCAAAAGGUCGGGAGGAUUUCGCGCAGGAGCAAGAGGUCAAGAAGAAAGAAAAAGCAUACUCCAUGGAUAAUCAACUACCAGUGCUAUCUUACCUUCAUUACUGGCUGCUACACCUGCCAGUGGAAAGUCCAAAAGGAGAAAAGACUUAAGCAUGAAUUCUGCUGCUGCUCUAGGAGAGAACAAAUAUUUUGCUUAUUUCUGAUUUUUUCGGCUGGCUUGUCUGUGCUUUUGCUGUUCUUGUGGCUCGAAUCCUCAAAUGAAUUCAUGGGCUUUGACUGGGUCGUUUAUCUAGGUACAGGAUUCUGGUUCUUCUGGUCUAUCGUUGUCCUGAGUAUCUUUGGGAUCCUGACUGCCUAUUCUCUAUUAUUGUUGCUACUUGGAUUUUUGUUGAUUUGGGAAGGGUAUGAACUACAUCUGCACUGGUUUCAUAAGGUGCUGAUUUUGCUAAUCCUUCUGGCAGAGUUGUUUUUAUUGUGGCUUUUAUUUACUUACUGGAGAGAGAGGUGGCUGACAGUAGGGCUGUCACUGCAGGUGUUUGCUCCCUUCAUACACUUGAUCUGCAUAUGUGUGAUGACUGUUCUUUCCUGGCCAACGGUUAGUUACUUGAUCCAUUUGGAAAGAGAAGUUCAAAGCAGAAGAUACCAGAUGAUACAUUAUGGGAGAAAAACAAGGAAGAGCAAUAAUGUACUUGUAAAGUUGAGAGCUAUGCAAGUGGCUGUGGGAUUGCCCUUUCUUUCUCUUCUUUUGUGUGUCUAUAUCAUACCAAUUGGAAAAUAUUCUCCCUGCAUUCAGGAGAAAGACAAACUAGGACCCAAGCCAGACUUCUUUGGACACAGAGGUGCACCCAUGUUGGGGCCUGAAAAUACCAUGAUGUCCUUUGAGAAAGCUGUUGAACAAGGAGCCUUUGGAUUGGAGACUGACAUAUACGUCAGUUACGAUGGGGUGCCUUUUCUCAUGCAUGACUAUGACCUGAGAAGAACAACCAAUAUCAUGGAGGUCUUGCCAAAUGCUGCCUUCCUAUCUGGUUCCAGCUUCACUUGGAAUUUCCUGUCAACUUUGAAUGCAGGCAAAUGGUUUUUACGGUCACCGCCAUUUUACAAUAUGGAACCCCUAUCAGAGGCUGAUAGUGAAAAAGCUAGAAACCAGACGAUUCCAAAGCUAUCUGAAUUUUUGGAACUUGCACGGAAGGAAAAAAAAUUUGUGAUGUUUGAUCUUCAUCAUCCUCCAGUAAAACAUCCUUUCAGAGGCAGGUUUAUCCGUGAAACAGUACAGGUGAUCCUUGACUCUAAAAUUGAGCAACAUCUGGUUUUUUGGUUACCAGGUUUGGAUAGGACAUAUGUCAGGAACAAAGCUCCUGGUUUUCAGCAGGUGGGCCGGUUCAUCCCAGUUGAAGCCCUUGCAAAACAAAAGAUAAGAAUAAUAAAUGUUGACUAUAAGAGAUUGUUCUCUAAUGGUUUGAGAGAUUAUAAAGAAGCUAACAUUACCAUCAACUUAUACAUCGUCAAUGAGCCUUGGCUCUACUCACUGGCCUGGUGCUCCAGUAUUCACUCAGUGACCACAGAUAACAUUCAGAAUCUGAGACACAUAAAGGAUCCUUACUUCUUCAUGACACCAGGCAACUAUAGAUUCUGGUGGAUUUUGCUGGAUAGCAUUUCUGUAAUUUCUAUUAUUGCCAUAUUUUAUUAUCAUUGGUGGAAAAACAGCAAAAAAGAACUCUUUAAAGCCACCGGCACAAGCAUAGAUACUCAGAGUAUAAAUCUCCAAAGGGGAAAAAGCGAUAACCAAGAAACGUCAACUCCAUCCCGAGUUAGGGAAAUCCCUUGGACUAUAGCAUCCCUCUAUCCAACUUUAACCCAGGAUAUAAAAAAUUAUCCAGGCACUCGCCAUUUUUCAAUAGUUCCCAAGAAGAAAACCAAAAUAGAACCAGAGCCUGUCAAGGAAAAUAUGAGCAGACUGACGCACGCCCAGGGUGGUUCUAGACCAACAGCUCCCAUGAGGACUGUCUUUGACCUGACCCAGUCAGCCUCGUGGGCAGCCACCCACCCGGAUGCAUUGCCCAUCGUGAGUGCAGAUGAACCAUCAGUUUCCUCCACAGAGGUCUUCCAUUCUGCAACACAGUCCACAAAGAACGUCUCUACUGAACCCUCCCAAGAAUCCUCUUAUGUGUUGCUUUCCAGUGCUUCCAGCUUGAGCUUGUCCUCUUUUUGGUUGUCAUCUUCGAAGAAGUAAUAGCCACAUUUUGCCCCCUUUUCCUCCUCCUCGCUGUGCCCGAGGGUGGUGCUGGUGGGGAGAGGUCAAGAAAGCUGUGCGGUGGGGCCAUUGAGGCUUUCAGGGGUACCAUUCUGGUUUAGCUUUUUUUCUUUUCUUUUUAAUUAAAAAUGCAUCUCAAGAGGAUGGGCAGGGGGGAAAUGAUCUUAGAGCGGGAGCUGAUUCUCUGGGCGUCACAGGCUUUGUCUCUUCUGGCUUUUUAUAGUAUCCCUGUUAAAGGACUGACGGGUGAACAUCAGCUUGUAAUAAAGGCAACAUCUGAGGAACCCAAAGGAAAACGAUGUAUUCUCUAAAUCCCCCUGUGAUCACUCAGCCUGACAAGGGCUAGGGAUGAGUGAUGGAGCCUGAGACAGAAUGACAGGUAGCUGGGCAUAGUUAUAACUCAGGGCCAACCAUCUCAUCCUACGUCCACAUUCUGUCAUCUCCUGUGAAGUGGGAUGCGUCCUAAUAGGUUCAUUGACUGAUUUCCCAUUGGGAUGAUGGUACAGUCCAAUAACCUUGGGCCUCGAGUGGGAACAGCCAAGUAUCUGGACCUAUCAAUCUGAAUGACUGCAAAGAAGGAAGCUUGGGAUCUACCAAGUGAAAGAAGCAGUGAAAUGAAAUCAAAAUGGAAUAUUUAAAAAUACUUCAUUAAUCAAACCCAGGCAUAAAUUGUUGAAUCAUGUCCUUUUGACUGAACAGGAUAUUGCUACUUCCCUCACAUAGGAUUCAAACUAGUAUAGAAAACAGGAUAACUGUGACUGUAAAUAUAAAUAUUUAAGUAAUUCUUCAUGGUUAUGGUAGAGAAUUACACCAGACAGUAGUAGUUCUUGGAAUCUAGACAAGAAAGUGACAUUAUUUUGAGAUUGAAAGAAAUGUAGGAGGAAUUAGAACUAAGAUUUGAGAAAAGGAGAGGAACAGAGUGCAUAUUAAGUAGAUGAGAAUAGUCAAAACUUUAAUAGCAGUCAAACUUUUUAUUGUCCUUUAAGAAAUUGUGAUAAAAUACACAUAAAAUUUAUCAUUGUAACCACUUUUAGUUGUACAACUCAGUGGCAUUAAGUACUUUCACAAUUCAUCAGUCUGUUCUGAUUUCUGAACAGAAAUUCUGGAUAGAGUAAAUACUUAAAUUUAAGACCUGAAAUCAGAAAACAGGGAAAAACCUGAAUGUUGAUCUCAGGAAUGAGAUCAACAGGCAACAAAAGCAAAAAAUAGAUGAGUGGGAUUGCAUCAAACUAAAAGGCUUCUGUUUAGCAAAGGAAACAAUCAAGAAAGUGAAAAGCAACCUAUAUAAUGGGAGAACAUAAUUGCAACCCACACACAUAGUAAAGGAUUAGUAUCCAAAAUAUAUAAAGAACUCACAACUCAAUGGCAAUGCAUGUAUUCAUACAUACAUACAUACAUACAUACAUACGUACGUACAUACUCAAAAAAUGAGAGAGGGACUGAAAUAGACAUUUCUCAGAUAGUCAACAGAUACAUGAAAAGGUGCCCAGCAUCACUAAUAAUCAGGGAAAUACAAAUCAAAAUGACAAAGAGGAAUCAUCUCACACCUGUUAGAAUGGCUGUUACUUAAAAAGUGUUGGUGAUAAUGUGAGAAAACAACUUGGUGAGAAUAUAAAUUGGUACAACCAUUAUGGAAAACAGUAUGGGAAUUACUAAAAGUGUUACAUAUACAGCUACUGCAUGAAUAUGCAAUCCAACUCCAGGGCAGAAAAUUAAAUUGUCUCUGAAAGAGGUAUUUGCAAUCCCUUGUUCAUUGUAGCAUUAUUCACAAUAGCCAAGAUAGGCAAACACCCAAAUGUCUGGCAAUGGAAGAAUGGAUAAAUAUGUGAAUAUAU